CUAUGGGUAAGCGGCAGGGAGACAGCGUCUCUUUACUAUCUCAGCACUUGGCACUGAAGGAGCAAGGAGCAUUUAAUUCCGGAAGGAGCCGAUCUGUUUCUACUUCCUACUACCAAUCUCACAUCUCGCUGCCUUCUCCAUCUCUGGUCUGUGUGUGAGUGGGUACGAGACUCGCCCCAAGAUGGGUUCUGUUUCUCUUAAAGUAGGAGACGGUACUGCCAGAUUUAAAAGAGCCACUUUUUGUUCUUCGGCAGUCAACAUUCUCAUGAUCUUGUGUGUUAUCACCACCAAUCUCUUUGCCCUUUAUGCUUUUACUGCUUCCCCGAGACACCAUCGCAACCACCUGCUUCUCCAUACUCAAAAGAACUUCUCUCUCAUUUCUGAACAGGUCUCUCUGAUACUGAGAGAGAUCGAUUCCUCUCAGAAAAAAUUGGUCCAGAUGGAGAAGGAGCUUCUUGGCUAUGAAAAUGUUGACCUUUCCAGACCAAAUAUAGCUAGCGAGCUUAAGCUCUAUCUGCAGCACCACCAGCUCCCUCUGGGCAAAGAUUCGAGAACUGGGAUCACUGAAAUGGUCGCCUCUGUCGGUCAUUCCUGUGAGAAAUCAGCGGAUUUAUUGUCGCAAUACAUGAAUUACAAGAUUGCUGGACCUUGCCCUGAUGAUUGGAGUUCAGCGCAGAAACUGAUCUUGCGCGGAUGUGAGCCUUUACCGAGAAGGAGGUGCCUUGCCAAAUCUGUUCCUAAGGUAGGUCUUUAUCCUUUUCCCACUUCCCUUUGGAAACCUGUGGGUAAUAAGACUGUUAACUGGAGUGGCCUGGGUUGUAAGAAUUUUGAAUGUUUGAAUGGUAAGAAAUUGGGUAGAGAUUGCACCGGCUGCUUUGAUUUGGUCAAUGGCUACGAGAAUCAGAGAUAUGUGAAGGCUAGAGGCAAGAAUGAUUUUGUCAUUGACGACGUGUUAGCAUUGGGGAGUGGAGGAAUUAGAAUAGGUCUUGACAUUGGAGGUGGGUCCGGAUCCUUCGCAGCUAGAAUGGCCGACAGGAACGUCACCGUGAUUACCAGCACUCUGAAUAUAGAUGCGCCAUUCAGCGAAUUCAUUGCUGCGAGAGGGCUUUUUCCCCUGUUCCUAAGCUUGGCUCAUAGGUUCCCAUUCUAUGACAAUCUGUUUGAUCUGGUUCAUGCGUCGAGUGCCUUGGAUGUUGGAGGGAAGCCUGAAAAACUGGAGUUUUUAAUGUUUGACAUUGAUCGAAUUUUGCGUGCUGGCGGAUUGUUUUGGCUGGAUAACUUUUACUGUGCCACUGAUGAGAAGAAAAGGGCCUUAACUCGUUUAAUUGAACGUUUUGGAUAUAAGAAGUUGAAAUGGGUCGUGGGAGAGAAGGUUGACAGUGUUGGAUCAGGCAAAUCCGAAGUCUUAUCUGCUGUGCUUCAGAAGCCUGUAAGAGUGUAAAGUAUAGGAGCAGCUUAUACAACAACAACAACAACAAACAGCAAGACGAAACAACUCUUUGCUUUUGCUGGCUCUCUUUCGCACGCAAUGUGUUAAGAUCAUACAAGCAAAAUAAGUGCGCUAUUUGUUUCUCUUGUCUCAGGGCCUAUCGUAACCCCAAGUGUCCUGUAUUCUCAGUUCUGUUUUACAGCUUUAUUCUGUAUUUGGGUACUUGCCUAUUUUCUAGCUAAAUUAAGUUGUUAUGGGAAAAUGAAUGGCAUUUUUUGGUCUGAUCUUGUUGCUUUUA